CGCCGCCCGCCCGCCAUCCUUCUAUCCCUGAGAGCCGGUGAGGGGCGGCCAUCCAUCCCUGUGGCUGCGGGCACAGCUCAGGCAGCCGCGCUGCCAUCCCCUGGAGCCCCUGGAUACCGAGAGGCCUCGCUGGGCUCAGGGAUCGCUUCCCCCGGCUGGCACAGACCCACCGGGGCUGGUUUGGGCAUCCCGGCUUUUCCAGCCGUGCAGCCGGGGCCGAGGGACGCCGCGGGGCGGGAUGCUGUCCCAGCAGCGCGGAGCAGCGGUGAGGACAUCGGCCUGAACCCUCGGGACACCGGUUGUGACUCUCCUGUGCCUGUAGCUGGGAACAGCCAUGCCAGCCCAAAAGGACAGAUGGGUUUCUUCCUUGGUUUUCCUUCUCUUCUGUGCCUCCUCCAUCCCACAAUGUGGAAGUGCCAGCCUGCAGCAGGAGCCGAGCCCCCAGCACUAUUUCAGUGGCUUGGAAGCUGGAAAACCAUCCUUGGCUUUUUUCACCCCCAGUGUUUCUCCUGGUGCCCAGCCCUUCUUGGAGCAGAUUGAGAGUUCAGCUGAGGCCCUCCAGGACUAUGGUGUUUCUGUGGUGAAGGUGAAUUGUCCCAAGGAGGAUGUCUCAAGAUAUUGUGGAAAAGAAAAUGCAUUAAGGAAAGCCUUCCUGUUCAGAGGGAACCGACUGAUCCGAGAGUUCCCCACCGACGCGCUGUUCGACGUGAACUCCAUCGUCGCCAACGUUUUGUUUGCCCUGCUCUUUAAUGAAGUUAAAUAUGUUGAAACACUGGCAGACCUUGAGAACCUUGAAAACGUGCUAAAAGGAAAAUCCAACAUGGUCUUUGCCUACGUACCAGCUACUGGGACAGCAGAGCACAGAGCUGUGAUGGAGGCAGCUUUUGUCUAUGGGACCAUGCACCAGUUUGUCCUGACAACUGAGGCAGCACUGCUGAAAGCCACCAGCCAUGAUGACCCCGAUGUCUCUUCUGCCUGGCUCUCGUUCUGCCACUGCCAGCAGGUCACAGAGGCAGCCCAGCCCUGCAGGAGGACAGCCCUGGCACAGCCCCUGACCCUGCUCAACAUCCACAGGCACCUCAAGCUCAUGGGGGCUCCCUUGGUGACAGAGGUUGCUGAGGACCCAGAGAAGAUCUCCACUGUUCACCUGCAGCUGGGGCUGCCCCUGGUGUUCAUCCUGAGCCAGAAAGAGACCUAUGAGGCUGACAGGAGGACAGCAGAGUUUGUGGCCUGGCAGCUCCUGGGGAAAGCAGGAGUUGCCCUUUUGUCCAGGGAUCUCGUGGAGCUGAACGUUCUGCACCGGUCAAAUGUGGCCCUCAAGACACCAGAUGAGGGAAUGCCAAUCCAAUACCUGGUCUUGGAAGACACUGAUGAAGUUAUAACCCUGGUGGAAGAUAGGAACAAGGUCAAACAAAUCCAGGCGGAUGAGCAGGAAGAUGAGGAAGAUGAGGAUGAGAAAGAGAAUAACAAUCAAGAUAUUCAGGAUGACCAGGUGGUGGAAGCAGUUUCCAGGGACAAGAAGAGAGAGCUGCCCCUGGAGCAGAUCCUUGUCCUGACAGAGGAGAACUUCCACUCUUCCCUCUCAGAGGCUGCCAGGACAGUGGUGCUGUUUUAUGCCAGCUGGGAAGCUGUGUCCCUGGCAGUGCUGCGCUCUUACUCCGAGGUGGCCGCUCACCUGAAGGGAACCCCAGGGGUUUUGCUGUCCCGGGUGAACUGCUGGGACUGGCCUGGCCUUUGCUCCCAGGAGAAUGUCACCCAGUUCCCCACCAUCAGGAUUUACAAGGAGGGACAGCAGCCAGUGACAUAUGGUGGCAUGUGGGGAACUGAAGAGCUGAGCAGCUUCAUCCUGCUGAGCCAAGUUUCCUGCCCACUGAAGCUGGCCACCAUGGAUGAAGCAGAAGGGUAUUUAAGAGGGGAGUUUCCAUCUGAGCUCUCAUCCCACCACCACACCUCACUCCUGGGAGUUUUUAGCUCAGCCACCAGCGAAGCCAGGGAAGCUUUUGAAGAGGCAGGAAACAUCCUAAGUGGCCACGUAAGGAUGGGGAUGUAUUUUGAAGAUGAUGCCUUGGCUUUAUCCCAAAAAUACUCCGUGUCCCCCCCUGCCCUCCUCCUGGCCCGGAGCGGUAGCCGGAGCGUGGAAGGCAUCGCUCUGUCCGAGCACAGCGUGCAGGACAUGGUGCAGAUGAUCAGAUAUGAACUGCUGGACAUUUUUCCAGAAAUCACUGUGCCAAAUCUGCCCCAGUACUUGCAGCUGGGAAAGCCCUUUCUCAUCCUGUUCAGUGCUGGUGACAUCAGUCAGGUGGAAAGCAAGGAAAUGCUGAAGCUGGCAAAAGGAAGACCCCAGCAGGCGUUUGUGGCUUGCUGGUUGAACCUGAAGAAGACUCCAGUGGGAUAUGGGAUCCUGAGGACGUACUUUUCCACCAUUCCUCCCUUGCCCGUUCUCCUCUGGGUGAACCUCCAUGCCGGGGGUCAGGUGUUCAAGUUCCCCUCAGAGCAGUCCAUCACUGAGAUGAACAUCUUGUCGUGGCUGGAGAAGCUCCAAGCAGGGCUGGAGAUUCCCAGCAGUACCUUGUCUGAGGAAGACUGGAAGCCACCACUCCCUGCUUAUGAUUUCCUGCAAAUGAUGGAGCCAUCCGUGCCUGAUCUGUCCCCUCACCCCGGGGCCACCCCGGCACAGCACCGGCCCAAAAGCCCCGGAGGGGACACUGCCGGAGGGGACACUGCCACCCGGGAGGAGCCAUCCCAGGAGAGCUCGGCAGAGGAGGUCGGUGCCCCUGGGAGGGGCCUGCGGGGGACAGCCCCGAGGCUGGCAGGCAGGGACAAGCAGGGCAAGAGGCACAGCGAGCUCUGAGAGCUGCCCUGGGGAAAGGUGUGCCCUGGAAAGCCUGGCAUUUUCCCAGCCUUUUCUCCAAGGAGAGAAGAGGUUUCAGCUGUCAAGGAAUGGUGAAAGGAAAGGCCACUCUCUGCUGCUGAGUGUUGGGAGCUCAUCAAGCAACAAGUUACACUGGAAAGGACAAUUCAGCCCUGCUCUGUAGAUUCCCCAAGUCUCAGAGUUACUUCAGUUGCCCCUGAGCAGGGAGGAGUGAGUGAUUCCAAGAUAACAAACUCAUUUCUCUCCUCCCUGGUUGCCAGAGAAGCUCUACUGAUGUGUGACAGAAAAUCCUGCAAUUCCAUCUGCUUUGGAACCCUGUGGAGCCAGCAUUCCACCACUCCAGGGCUGCUCCAACCAGCCCCCAGUUGUGUUUACACCUGACUUGUGACCUGAAUUCGUGACUGUUCAUCCUCACAGGGGAGAAGAGGAGGAUCUGCUCAAAGCAGAUUUAUUCCAGAAGCCAGAGCUCAGGUCACACAACAGUCCUGAAUAGCUGGGACAAAACUCUGCCAGCAAAUCCCAAGGGUGGGCAGGUUGGGAGAUGGCUUUCCUCACUGCUGGCAUUUUCUUGGUCACAAGCCCAGGGGCUAUUUGCAGCCUCCAUUUGUCUUUGCUCUCAAUGACAGCAGCAAGGUUGGUGCCUCCUGAGCUGGGAAUGGUGCAGGGAGCAAGGUCUGUGGAAAGCUGAGUGCUGUGGAAGAGGGGAGAGAUAUGAAGGGCAAGGCUGGACCCUUCCAAGGAGGGAUGGAGCUGCUUCCCAUCCAAAACUUAAGUGAGGAGAUGCAAAAGCUGGGGAAGUGGAUUUCCAGCCUCUGCACAUCUCCUGGGGACAAGAAAUGGCAGGGGGUUGGAAGCAGAUGGUCUUUAAAGUCCCUUCCAACCCAAACCAUUUUAGGACUCCAUGACCAUCCCUUCAGUGAACAUCUCCCUUCCAGAGCACUGCUGAGAUGUGCUGGGAGAGUCAGAUCCUCUUCUUACUCCUUAAGGCUCUGAAAAAUUACUGGGAAGAGGAAAAAAAUCCUGGUAAGGGACUGCUGAGAGCAUUGCAAACUCAGUAUUUCUGAUUCUGCAAGCAGCACACGUGGCUGUGAGUCUUUUGAAAUACCCAGAAAUAGAUUAUUAGUCCUGGGCUGUUCUGGAAGCCCUUAAUUGAGAGAGACCAUUUUUGGAGUGAGUGACAGGCUUUGAGCCAAAAUGUAUGUAUUUAAAGGAAUAAACUGCAGCCUGCUGAUCAAAGGCAUGAUUCCCAA